CAGCCAGUGAUCGAUAUCUGAUGCAAACAAAUCUACAGUCUGAUCUCUCAGAGCUGCUUAGACGGGACCGCCAUAAGACCGUAUCAAACCCUCUGAUGUUCUACUAACUUUGAAUUUAAUAAUUAGUCACAACUGUCGCAAACUCCUUCAACAGGCCAGGAUUGUUCUUGUGUCGUGUUAAGCUCUCGGGCAGCUCUAGAAUGGACUUUCUGAGAAAUGCUAGUAUUUUCCUAGCGUUGUACCUGAACCUCAACUGGUUCUGGGUUUCAGCAGUGAAGGUAUCAGGUAAUGAGGUCAUCAACCUCAGCCAUAAAUCAUCAGCCUGGGAGCCUUUAAUGCACAUCAGUGCAAAUCUCUCCACCAUUUCCAGCAUCACCUCACACUUCGAGUUUCGCACCUUCGAUCCAGAGGGCAUUGUUUUCUACGGAGACACCAAAGAGGGCCAAGACUGGUUUGUUCUUUCUCUGCGUGAUGGCAUUCCAGAAGUGCAGAUCGGGAAAGCGAACAUGCUGGUCAGUGUGAAAGGAGGUCCCAAACUGAAUGAUGGCGCUUGGCACAAGCUGGAGUUGCGCAGCAAAGGGAAAUACGUGGUUGUAGAAAUCAACAAUCAGGAGAAACUGGAGUUGGGAAUGAAGUCGGAUCAGACGGAUGAGGUGCUGACUGGAAAAAUACGCCUGGCUCUCGGAGGGAUGCUGGUGGACCAGAAGAAGCUCCUGCAUCCUUUUAAUCCUUGGAUAGAUGCGUGCAUACGGAAGGGAAACUGGCUGAACCUGAGCACUCCCUGGGACGCAGAGCCGAGCUGGAAGCCGUCACCUUGUUUUCCAGAGAUCAAGACUGGCAGCUACUUUCCUGGAAGUGGAUUAGCUCUGUUUAAUACAUCUGAUCUUCCUGGAGUGAAGACAGAAGAAAGUGGGGUCACCAUCGAGGUGUACGGAUCGUGGCAUGGGACAUUGAUGAGUGUUCAGAGCAAUGAAUUCCAGUUCACCUUUCCUGGGGUUAAGAAAAAAGAGCGCAGGUCUCUCAGUGUGGAUCUGAAGGAAGAAUCGGGUUCGAGUAACACUGCUGACGCCACCAAGCUGACUCUCACCUUCCUGAAGCAUACCCUGAUGUUGAAUGGAAAACAAGAGCUGGUGGAUGAAAGCAUCGACUUCCUCUCGAGGUGGACGGAUGGGAUGAUUUUAGCAUUCGGUGGCGUGCCAGGUGAGACUGAGAACCACCUCCAGGGCUGUUUGGAAAAAAUCCUCAUUCAGGGACAAGCUGUCGAUCUCGAUCAUGCAUUCUCCAAGCACCCGUCUAUCUCGUCACACAGCUGUCCCGUAAACACAGUGAACGAACUCACGGAGAGUUAGUACAUCGCUGUUUGUUCCACUAACCAGGUCCCAUCAAACAAACGUUCUCCUUUAAACCAGCAAUGCAGUUCCUUUGAAGGCGUUUUGUAUUAUAAUAAUCACUAAUUAUAUACAGUGUUUUUAAAUCGGUCCUGAUUUUCCACCCCACGGAUUUGCAGAUUAAUCCAGAUUAUUUGUAUUAGGAACAUAUGACCUUUAAAUGAACUUAACAACCUUAUAACUAGGAAUAACUAUAUAUCGCUUGAUAUCCUCAUCCUGGGACUUUCACCUGUUUUGUCAUUUUGUGUUGGAAGAUAAUUAACGAGUGUUUUCUAAUAAAAUAGAAUUAAACAUCCCUUUUUCACCCA